AUGAAGCUUAUUCCAUAUUUAGUUCCAACUAAACUCUCGAAGGUCAAUAAGUUUGCUUGUGGAUUACCAGCGGACUUUGGUCCAAUGGUUAAGCAAGCAACUACAUUGAAAGUCGCCAUCUGGGAUGCUAAGAAUGUUGAGACUCAGAUCAGGCAGAAGGGUCUGGAGAGGUCAGAGGUUGGUGAGAAGAGGAAGUUUGACGGACCCUCGGGGUCCAGUAAGAAAAAUAAAUUCUCGAAAUCCGGUUCGAGAGGAGGUGGAGGAGGUAAAGCGCAAUGGUGUGACAAAUGCAAGAAGAAGCAUCAUGGGAAAUGUGGCGGGGAAGCCACAAGCUUCAAAUGUGGAAAGCCAGAGCACAAUGCCAACGAAUGCAACCUUACCAAGAAAGUAUGCUAUGGGUGUGGUGAGGAGGGGCACAUCUCGAUGGAUUGUCCAAAAAAUAAGUAG